AUGAACAACCGGCGACUAAUGCAGGAGCAAGAAAAAGCAUAUAAGGAAAGCGCUGAACGCGAUAAGCAAAAAAUACUUGAGGUGAAGAAAGCCAAACAGGAAAAAUUGGAAGCUGAGAAGAAGCAAAAGAAGAAGCAGAAUGAAAUGGAGCAAAGAAGACAGAAACGCGAUAUGCAGGUGAUCGCCGAAAUGCGGAAGCAGCUGAAACUGCAAGGUGAGCACCAGCCGAUCGGGAACGAUCUCAUCAACGUGCAGGUCAGAUUCCCGUCUGGAAAGAAGUUUGCGAAGAAAUUUGCUCUUGACGACAAUUUAGAGAAGUUAUUCACUGCAAUCCUCUGCCACGACACUUGUCCGGACUUCUUCACCGUAGCCACGGGCUUUCCACGUUCUGAAAUUCAUUGCGCUCCAGAGUGGUAUCAUUCUCUCUUAUCUGCUCAACUGGUAGCAGACGGGCUGGCACCAAGUCCGUUCCGGCCGGCGUCGUCGUUUCGUGCAGUUGGCCUUGUCAAAGCUGUCGGAGUUUUCGUGAACAAUCACUGCCCAUAUUCUGACCAUCACUGA